AUGGCGUCUUCUCUCGCUCUGAAGAGGCUGGUCGCCUCUAACCUCCUCUCAAGGUCAGCGGUGGCUCGUCCGGCAGCCUCUCGCCUCUUCAACACAAAUGCUGUCCGCGAGUACGACGGCGACGACCGCGACCUCGAUGUCGAACGCCGCCCAGAGCGUCGUAUUUUCUCCCCCUUCUCAGACAUGUUGGGUCCAUUUGCCACAAGAAGCAGCCUGAGCCAAAUCCUGAACAUGAUGGACCAAAUCAUGGAAUCGCCUAGUGCCGCCCGCAGGAACUGGGAUGCUCGGGAGACUGCAGAUGGGCUUCAUCUGCGCAUGGACAUGCCUGGGCUGGGGAAGGAGGACAUCAAGGUGUCGGUGGAGCAGAACACUAUGACCAUUAGAGGCGAGGGGAAGAAGGAAUUUGAAGAUGAAGAAGAUGGCGGAAGGAGGUACAGCAGCAGGAUAGAUCUACCGGAGAGGCUGUACAAGACUAGUGAGAUCAAGGCUGAGAUGAAGAACGGUGUUCUCAAGGUGUUUGUGCCAAAGAUUAAGCAGGAGGAGAGGACCGAUGUUUUCCAUGUCAAUGUUGACUGA